AUGUCCGGGUGGCAGCCAUCACACCGCCACGCCCCACCUCCACGUAUAGACCUAGGAGCACACGACGACGAUGAGCUCGACUACUCGGCCGCUGUACACGCCGGUCCCAGCCAUUCCUCCUCGCGCCAUCACACCCACGAUCCGCGCAGCACGCGCUCCAACCACAUCUACCACGAUCUCGAUCAACCUCACCGACCCCCGCCUCGCCCCGUCGGUCCUUCACCUCUGCUCGCUGGACCCUCGCAGCCGCGCGCAGUCUCCAAACCAGCACGCACACCUUCACCCGAGCCCGACGAGGACGUACUCGCCUACAUCCGCGCGCAGAAGCAGCAGCAGGCCUCCUCGGCGCACACCCAGCACGAGCUCAGACUCGCACAGCAGCUCAAGCGCGACAAGUUCCAGCACGGCGCCAGCAGGCUCAAGUCGCGCGUAGACCGCGAGCGCGAGGCAGACGAGCGCAAGCGAAGGCAGGCCGAGCACGAUGCGCAGCUCGCCUACCACGAGUUUGUCGCCGCCAUGGGCGGUGAUGGCGACGAUGACGAGCGCAUGCAGCACAGUCAAGUCGGCAGCUCGCGCGCACCUGCCAAGAAGGCUGCUGCAUUUGUUGCAGCCGGCGGCAAGGCGUACGUCGCAUCACGCACGGCUCCCUUGACCAGCACCGACGCCUCGGACCCGGAGGCAAACCUCGUCAGCAGCGCCUUUGGCAACGAGAGCGACGACGGGAUCACUCCAACCACACCAGCACAGGCCUCUUCGACGCGCAACGACGCACCCAAACGCAAGCGGCACGCCAUGGACACGUUCCUGAGCGAGCUGCAGACCGAGCAGGCCGAGCGCGAGUCGCGACUCGCCUCCCUAGCCUCGGCGACCAACACGUCGAUCUCGACGCUGCUCGCACACGAGACACAAACACGCCCACGCGGCUCGCGUCACACGGGCGACACGCCCACCACCAACAUCUGCAUUGUCAAUCUGCCCCCGGGCGUGGACGAGCGCGGUGUGGGCGACUUCUUUGCAGAGUGGGGCGACGUGGCUACGGUAAAGAUCAUGUGGCCUCGCCAAGACGUUCGCGACCCGCGCGCGCUCACUGCGUUUGUCGCGUUCAUGACGCGCGAUCAAGCCGAGUGGGCCUUCAAGCAGGCAGAUGGCGCAAUGUGGGGCGGCGUGCGCGUGAGGCUUAGCUGGGGCAAGCAGGUGCCGCUGCCCAAACGACCCAUGUACCCGCACGCUGUCCGGCGCACCGACCAUGCCGAACCCGCCAGUAAGGGCGGCGUUCCUCGGCUUGUCAUCAACCAUCGUCGGUCAAUGCCCUCGACAUCGGUGGGGGAAGAGUUUUCCGAUACGGGUAGUGCCGAACUCUACUCUACCGAUUCGGGCGAAGAGUCCGAGACCGCCACCCUCGGCCGCUCUGCACUUGGUCCACGAGCGUAUCGUCGACUAUGCUCUAUGCUGCGCAGCCUUACUUUACGGCGGGAUCGCAUCGCGCGCAUUACCGCCUUUGCGUACGACCACGCCGCCCACUACUCUUCCAUCGUUGCGCUGCUCACCGCGUCGUUGCUUCGACCCCGCACACCCGUGCCCCGCAAGCUCGCGCGGCUGUAUGCGCUGUCCGACGUCCUGCACAACUCGUGCAUGCCCGUCACCAAUGCUUGGCGAUACCGCGCCGCCAUCGAAGCUCGCCUGCCCCUCGUCUUUGCCCACUUGGGUCUGGUCGCAAGGAGCUUUGCGGGCAGGAUGAGGAGGGAGGAGUUUAAAGCAAGGGUUCACGCUGUGCUCGACGUGUGGGAUGGCUGGAUCGUCAUCCCGCCCCACGUGCUCGACAGGCUGCGCAGUGUGUUUGACCAUCCCCCUGCCGCAGCCAAGGCCACGGUGGCCAGCAAUCAUGCUGAGAACGACGAGCAGCAGCAGCGUGCAAAGGCGGUGCAGGAGGACGUCGACGGUGAAGCACUCGACGACGCAGCGCCACAGAAUCAGGACGACAUCGACGGCGAGGAUCUUGAUGGCGAGGACAUUGACGGCGAAGAUCUCGAUGGCGAGGCAAUGUAG